AUGUCCCAAAAUAAUAAUACAAACACUGUGCCUAAUAAGGCUGAAGCAAAGGCGGACCAGGCUAUUGGAUCUGCCAAGGAAACAUUUGGUAACGCAGCCGGUAACUCGGAACUUGAAUCUCAAGGUGCUAAACAAAAUGCGCAUGGUCACGGUAAAGAAGAAGCUCAUGAUAUUGCCGGGAUCUUCAACAAGAUUAGCCACGAAGUUGAAGGCACCGUCAAAGGUGUAUUUAAUGCUAUUUCUGGCAAAAAAUAA